CGAUUACGUCGUCGCCUACAAUUUUCUGUAGCUUACUUUCUUGUUAUUGCUCCUUUUAUUGACCCUUCCAAGAUCGAUGCCCCAUUGCCUCCUCCCGCAACCGCCGCCACCACCGCCAACGUUUCCUCCCCAUCUCCGCUUCCAUGGGAGAGCAACCCCCCCCCUCCGCCGCCGCCUCUUCCUCCUCCUCCCCCAAUCCCUCUCCCGCUACCACCACCACCAUCUCUCUCCGCCCCCGGAAGACCCGAAAGGUUUCCACCUCGUCCUCUUCUUCCGCGGCCCAAGACGCCUCCAAGAAAACCCCCUCCUCCACCGGCCGCCUUGCCGUCCGCGUGGUUCCCCGGCCGCUGUCCGCCGACGGGGAGAUCGCUGCCGCCCUACGUCACCUCCGCGCCGCCGACCCCCACCUUGCCCGCGUCAUCGACGCCCACGAGCCGCCCCUCUUCCAGUGCCUCCACCCCCCAUUCCAUGCCCUUGCCCGCAGCAUCCUUUACCAGCAGCUCGCCUUCAAGGCCGCCACCUCCGUCUACACCCGCUUCCUGUCCCUCUGCGGCGGUGAGGCCGGCGUCGUUCCCGAGGCUGUCCUCGCCCUCAACCCGCACCAGCUCCGCCAGAUCGGUGUCUCUGGCCGCAAGGCUUCCUACCUCCAUGACCUCGCCCGCAAGUACCACAAUGGCAUCCUCUCCGACGCCGCCAUCGUGGCCAUGGAUGACAAGUCGCUGUUUACCAUGCUCACUAUGGUCAAGGGCAUCGGCGCCUGGUCCGUACACAUGUUCAUGAUCUUUUCGCUCCACCGCCCGGAUGUGCUCCCCGUCGGCGAUCUGGGUGUUCGUAAGGGGGUGCAGAUGCUAUAUAGCCUCGAGGAUGUCCCACGGCCUUCGCAGAUGGAGCAGCUCUGCGAGCGGUGGAGACCCUAUCGCUCCGUCGGGUCCUGGUACAUGUGGCGCCUCGGUGAAGCGAGGGGCGCACCAACUAUGGCUACAUCCAGCACUGAAGGAAUCGAUAUUUUUGCCAUGGGAGGAGGAACAGUGCAGCAGGCACAGCUUAUCGAUCCUAUUCAGAUGCUUCCCAGUCUUGGAUGAAACUGCAAGAUUCCUACUGGUACUGCUACUUGAAAUGGCUAUUUGUCCUUCUUCCUUUUCUCCUAUUCAGCGAGCUGAGCUGCUGUCUUUGCUGAAGUUCUCUGCUUUGUUUCAUGCCCAUUGUUGUAUGUGCUCAUUAGCUGGAGCAUUUCCAAUGCCAUGCUAUUGGACUUCUUAUGAAUGACAGGUUGGCCUUUCAUCUGUCUGAUACUUCACCCUAGACUUCAUAAUUUCUCCGUGGCAAUUGGUGGAAGCAACAUAUUGUCAUAAUGUUAUUGGUCA